AUGAUGGGGAUAAAGCACCUUCUGCUUCUUUUGAUUUACUUCGACCCGCUGAAUGUCCUCUGCGCCGCCGCCAACAAGAAGAGCAAAAACCCGAACCCGAGGAGGAACCCGAAGGUGAAGGAGGUCAACGGCAGCACCACCGCGGUCCCGCUGGCCGUGCCGGGGAAGAUCACCCAGGUCCAGGCUCCCACGGUCCAGCACGACACCUGCCUGGGCUACUACGACGUGAGCGGCCAGUACGACAAGGAGUUCAGCUGCAACAACACGGACCACCGCUUCUGCUGCGGCAGCUGCUUCCUGCGCUUCUGCUGCGCGGACCGGGGGAAGCGGCUGGAGCAGAAGGGCUGCACCAACUACAACACCCCGGACUGGAUCAAGACCCAGCCGCCGUCGCCGGCGCCCACGGGCGACACGUACGACCCGGAACUGGACCAGACCAACGCCACGGUGUACAUCACGUGCGGGGUCGUGGCGCUCGUCAUCGCCAUUGGGAUUUCUGCUAAAGUGGCCUACGACAAAGCCACCAAGCCCCCCCAGGAAAUGAACGUGCACAGAGCCCUGGCAGACAUUCUGAGGCAACAAGGACCGGUUCCAAUAUCUCAGUACGAACACGAGAACGUCGCGGCCAUUGACGGAUCGCCCAAAGACGAGACGCCAGUCAGAACCCUGAAGAAUCAUUACACGCCCGUUCACGCCAAGGCGUCCAACCACGGGCACUAUGGGAAAGAAAACCUGCGCGGCGGAGGCCAAGACAUGCACAACUUCAUCUCCUCUGGGUUCGUGACACUCGGCCGAGGCCACUUGAAAGCGCAGCACUCCAUAGACGAAUCGGGGCAGAUGUCCUGGCAGGGCGAUCUGGACAUCCCCCUCUCCUACGGAAACCAUCACCACGACUACCAGCACAGCCACCUGGACCUGACCGCGCUCACACCUAAACUGGCCCACAGACAAAUGAGGCACGAGAGACCCCAGCGGAUGAACAACAUCCUGACCUCGGCCACGGAGCCCUACGACCUGUCCCUGUCCAGAUCCUUCCAGAACCUCAGCCAUCUGCCGCCCUCCUACGAGCUGGCCCUCAAGUCUGACUUAAGUAAAUACUCCUCCUCUCUACACAAAUUGAGUGAUAAGGACGUAGAUGAGUACUACGCGAGAAAGCAUCACCAUCCUGAGUUUGGCGGCCGCGGUCCGACCCACAUGGUGAAGCUGAACGUGGAUCCCCCGCAGCACCAGCAGCACCAACAGCACCAGCAGCAGCAUCAUGAGCAGCGGCAGCGGCCCCGCCGGGUCCAGAGAGCCAUGUCCCAGGACCAUGUCCUGUCCCCUCCCAGGACGCCACGCCGCGGGGACUACGGCUUGUCUUCGUACGGCGUCAUGGCGGCCGCCGCGUACAGCAGCAGCCGCCACCUCUCGGACGAGCAGCUGCUCUCUGCGGACCGCCUCCACUCCCAGGAUCCCCUGCUGUCCCCGGCGAUGAGGCGUGACAAGUUCCGGGAGAAGGCGAUGGCGCGGGCGAUGUCGCACGCCGACAUGCUGCUGCCGGUCACGCCCGUCAUGGACCGCCACAAGAUGACCAAGAUGCACUCUCAACCCACUGCCUCGAACGACUACAACACGCUGACGGUCAACCAUCAAGGGACCACGUCCAAGAGGCAGGCGUUUGCCUCCCGACGAACACACACGGUGGACCACCUACAGUACAUUCCCGGCCACCACCACACAUACCGCACUGCCAGUAAGAACGAGGUAACUGUUUAACCGCAGAGCGGUUAGCUGAAGGGUUCCUGAGACACACCGAGGACGUCGAAGAGAAAUCUCCUAAGCAGAUACGUUCUGUCUUCGUAUAAAAACCUCCAAGAUAAAAAAAAUUUAAAAACUCUUCCUGCUUUUCAGCACAAGCUUCCUGUGUCAUCCAGAAUCAACCCCGGCAAAGACUUCUCUCUCUUAGAGCAUCUUAAGGGCUUUGCGCGUUGACACAAAGACGGAGACGUUUCACAGCCUGAAGAAAAUAUUUUUUAAACUCGACAUGGGAGUGGCAGGGAAUUGUAUCAACUUUAUAAAUAUAUAAAUAUACUAUAUUUACUAUUUGUAUUUUCAGUCCUUGUUAUAGCGUUAGAGAUUGACUGAUGUAAGCACUUCAAGAGGUGCCCCUUAAAAACGGUCCCAUUUCAGCCAUGAAGUGGAUUUGUGGGUUAAAAAGCACAAUUAAUGAAUUAUCUUCUUUUGUUUGGUUUAUUUUACUCUAAUUUGGUAAACGGCCAGAAUCAGCUUACUAGUGAAAACAGAGGUUAUUUCUGUUGCAUACAAUAGAAGAUUGUAAAUAGGCUAAAUUAUCAGCAUUAAAACAAGAAAAGCUGGCCUUUUUUGACAUUAUCGUUUUGUUCGGUUUUCGCCCACCGGGAAUCUUAUCAUGGAUUCUCAAUUAAUAAUUUUACUUUUAGAUAAGGCAAAAAUCGAAUGACUAUUAUUUCCACAGAUGUGGAUAAUAUGUAUGUGGGGAGUAUUUUUUUCUGUUUUUACCUGUGCUUGUAGCAUAGAAUGAUGAAACCCCACAGGAAUAGAAUAGAAGUAGAACGGACAUUAAACUUAUUUUAGCAGUCAUUUGACAAAAGAAAAUGGCACUAGUAGUUAUGGUAACAAGACAAAUGGCUGGCUAGUUAGCUAGUUAGCUGGUGCUUAUAGCACCGGGGACCCAGCUCUGCUGCAGCACACCAAUCCGCUGUUGGGCUCAAUUUUCUGUAACAUGUAAAGUGUAGCAUGAAGGCAUGGUGGAAUUAGUACAGCUAUCUAACUAGCCAGCUUACCGUUAGCUUAAUUCCACCGUGCUUUAUUUCUACAAAAAAUAAGCUGAACACAGUUGUCACUCAUCUGGCGAACGCAAUGUGCUUUAAAUUUGACUCAUGUGUUCUCUAAGCUUUGUUUACUUUACUUCUCCGCUGCUGGUUUGGCAAAGAUACACAUAAAAAUGGCCGCCGCCCACCUCGCAAUAUUUUUUUUUUGCAGGGGAAUGUCUGUUCUACUCUAAUUCUAUUUCUAUGGAAACAACCUUAAACCGCAGCCGAUCGGCUGCUUCAGUCUGCAGACGUAACUCCACGUGUGAAAAAUCAAGCCCGAAAAUGGUUGUUGGAAUUAGAUGAAUUUCUGUUCAGCCGCGAGGAUGCCCCUCCCCCUUUCCCAGCAACUCUGCUUGUUUUGUGAUUGGCCAGCUGCUUCCAUCCCUACAGAUCAGGUACCCGUUGUGUCGGAGCUCAUAGCUCGUAGUUUUGUGCCGCUGUGUUGACUGAAACAAUCAAGAGGACGUCAUAAUCGCUAGUCAGUCAAGCAUUAAUUAAAACUGUGAA